GGCGAAUGAAAAUGUCACUACGUCUCACUCGUGUGCGGCAGGUGUGCGUUGCCUAGCCGGCUACUAAACUAGUCCACUGCCUGUCUCAAUACCGAUCAGCUGAUUGUUUCGUAAACAAAUCAAGUGAAAACUGUGAAAAUGAGCGGUGAAAAUAAUAAUGCGUUUGACGCAUCACCGGAAGAUGGGAAGGCGGCGACUCUCAACGACAAGUCCCUUGUCAAUGAAGCGGAUGACAAAAAUCCUGAUAAAAAGGGUGAACCAGAGCGAGCAGUAUGGGGGAAUCAAAUUGAGUUCCUCAUGUCCUGUAUCGCCACUUCGGUCGGUCUCGGCAACGUGUGGCGAUUCCCCUUCAUCGCCUAUCAGAAUGGAGGCGGCGCCUUCCUUAUUCCUUACAUCAUCGUACUUUUACUCAUAGGAAAACCCAUGUACUACUUGGAGUGUGUCUUGGGACAAUUUAGCUCAAAGAACUCAGUCACCGUCUGGUCACUGUCACCAGCUAUGAAAGGUGGUGGUUACGCCACAGCUUUGGGUUGUGGAUACAUUCUGUCGUACUACGUGUCCAUUGUGGCACUUUGUCUGUACUACUUGGCCAUGAGCUUCCUACCGACUCUACCAUGGAGUGUUUGUCAGGAUGACUGGGACGACUGCCUGCCCUCAGAUCCAGAUCAACCUGUGGGAAACCUUACGGAAAAAGCUUCAAGUAGCGCUGAGUUAUAUUUUAUUAAGACCGUGCUGCAGCAAAAAGAUGGCAUUGAAGGUGGACUCGGUCUCCCUAUCUGGUACCUGACGUUGUGCCUUUUCGGUUCGUGGUUUAUCAUCUUCGUGAUUGUGUCCCGAGGUGUAAAGAGUUCCGGUAAAGCUGCAUACUUCUUGGCUCUCUUCCCCUACGUUGUGAUGCUCAUUUUGCUUAUAACCACCUCUACUCUGCCCGGAGCCGGUACCGGUAUUCUUUUCUUCCUGACGCCACAGUGGGACAAACUUAUAGAGCUUGAUGUGUGGUACGCUGCCGUGACCCAAGUGUUCUUCUCCUUGUCAGUGUGCACCGGUGCCAUCAUUAUGUUCUCUUCUUACAAUGGCUUCAGACAAAACGUUUACAGAGACGCAAUGAUUGUCACGACUUUGGACACUUUCACUAGUUUACUGUCCGGUUUUACGAUCUUCGGUAUCCUGGGUAACUUAGCGCACGAGUUGAACACCGAAGUCGCAAAUGUCACUGGUUCUGCAGGAACUGGACUUGCCUUCAUUUCUUACCCUGACGCGAUCUCCAAAACUUUCCAGCCACAGUUGUUCGCAGUGCUGUUCUUCUUGAUGAUGACGGUUCUGGGUAUUGGGUCAGCAGUAGCCUUACUUUCCACCAUCAACACUGUGAUGUUGGACGCGUUCCCUCGCAUCAAGACUAUCUACAUGUCUGCCUUCUGUUGCACUAUUGGAUUUGGCGUCGGUCUCAUUUAUGUUACACCUGGUGGCCAGUACAUACUUGAAUUGGUGGAUCACUUCGGUGGAACCUUCCUUAUUCUCUUCUGUGCUAUUUCCGAAAUUAUUGGAGUGUUCUGGAUUUACGGUUUGGAGAACUUAUGCCUGGAUAUUGAGUACAUGUUGGGUGCUAAAACUUCAUUCUACUGGAGAUUAUGUUGGGGUGCCAUUAUGCCUGCCAUGAUGAUAGUCGUGUUCGUAUACGCGUUGGCUACUUCUGAAACUCUUAAAUUCGGUGAAGAUUAUUACUACCCAACGGCUGGAUAUGUGGCCGGAUACAUGAUGCUGUUCGUCGGUGUAGCAUUCGUGCCGAUCUCAAUCGGUCUGACCAUGUACAAAUACAGAACUGGAAACUGCGUGGAGACGGCCAAGCGGUCCUUCCGCCCCAAGGAAUCAUGGGGACCUCGUGAGGAAUUCGAACGCCUCAACUGGAUCGAGUUCAGAAAAGAAGCAGAAGCUGCGAGAGCUCAGAUAAGAACGUCUUGGUUCCAACAUAUCCGAUACAGUCUCUUCGGCGGCUACAGAAGAUAAUUAUUAUUACCAACCUCCAAACUCUAGCUCUAGAACUAACUAUAGAUGUAAUGUAGUAAUAAUGACUUACCAUGUACCUUACACCUAUGUGAUGACGUUGUCAUCGACUUAGUUUACCAACAAUUGCCAAAAUACUUAUUUAUAUUUUUAAUAAAUUAUUAAAUACUUAUGUUAAUGUCAGGGUAUUUAUUAAGUUAAUGUUG